UGCCUCCGACAGGGAUGCAACCUGGCCCCGCUGCUGUUCAACUUGUUCUUCUGUACCGCAAUGCUCAUUCAUGGUCGCCGUGGCCGAGUUCGACAAGGACCCCAAGGUGAAGGCGGGCAUGGUCAAGAUCGGGACACAAGUGGAGUACACGGGCAAGAAGGGCAGGUCGGCGGGGAAGAAGACGACGGUGGUGACGGACGCGGAGGCCCUGUGGGCCAUGCUCUACGCUGACGACGCGGCCAUCGUCUCGCGCUCGCCGGAGAGUCUCGAGAAGAUGAUGUCGGUCAUCGUGCGCGUGGCCUGUUCGUGAUAGUUGCUGCUGUGUGUGUCGACAGAGUGACGUAAAACAACUUGAUCGGACAGUUUGCAUUGCGGGACUGUCUGCGUUGAAGAUCGUUGAGUAGCCACACAUUAUCAGAACAGCACGGAACGUUCUGUGGGAAUGUUCUUCGUGGAUGGUGCACUACCCCGAGUGAGUGUGUUUCUUGUGGAUAGUGCAUCAGUCAGAGGAUUCAUGGUACGUUGUGAAGUACGUUAGCCCCUGUCUGUUGAGUCUUUGUGUUCCGAUAUCAUUGUGUUUUGCUUUUGUGCGUUGGUCGAGCGACACGGGUGGUGGCUGCGGUGCUGCGGUGCUGUGGUGCUCACCACCCUUGC